AAGGUAUCUCGUUGACCUCUACGUUGUCAUCGGUGGAGACGUCGGAGAAUCAAAGGUUGUCAGAGAAAAUGGCCGGUCUCGGUGGCGAUCUCGUUGUCGGUUUCCUCGGGUUGGAUUCUCUGAGCUUUGAAUUAGCUUCUUCUCUUCUCCGCUCUGGCUUUAGAGUUCAAGCUUUUGAGAUAAGCACAGAUUUGGCAGACAAGUUCUCUGAGCUGGGGGGUCGUAAUUGUGCCACCCCUAUGGAUGCCGGAAAAGGCGCCGCAGCUGUGGUGGUCUCGUCGUCUCAUUCUGAUCAAGGGCAAGAUGUGAUUUUUGGUGAUGAUGGUAUCCUAAAAGGCCUUCAGGACGGCGCUAUUUUAGUUUUGCGCUCGACUGUGUUACCUUCACACAUCCAGAAACUAGAAAAUCAGCUAGCAGAGGACGGAGAACGGAUUUCCGUGGUAGAUGCAUACGUCUUGAAAGGAGAGUCUGAAGUUCUCGACGGAAAACUGAUGGUAAUAUCAUCUGGAAGGUCAGAUUCGAUUGCAAGAGCACAACCCUACCUUGCUGCGAUGUGCCAAAAGCUUUACACUUUUGAGGGGGAAAUUGGUGCUGGCAGCAAAGUAAAGAUGGUGAAUGAUCUACUUGAGGGCAUUCAUCUUGUUGCUGCUGUGGAGGCCAUAUCUUUAGGUUCCCAAGCGGGUAUUCAUCCGUGGAUUGUUUACGACAUCAUUUCAAAUGCUGCUGGAAAUUCAUGGAUUUUCAAGAAUCAUAUUCCGUUGCUGCUGAAAGGUGAUGUCGAGAGCCAUUUCCUUAACGAUCUCUCGCAGAAUCUGGGCAUCGUAGAAGAUAAAGCCAAAUCACUCCGAUUUCCUGUUCCACUUUUGGCAAUUGCACGUCAACAGUUAAUCCUCGGAAUUUCACAUAUGCAAGGAGAUGAUCCAGCUACUCCAUUGGCUAAGGUAUGGGAAAAAGUACUCGGUGUUGGCUUAACGGAAGCAGCCAAUGCAGAACUUUACAAGCCAGAGGAGUUGGCCAAAGAAAUUACUACCCAAGCAAAGCCUGUGAAUAGAGUUGGUUUUAUUGGUCUUGGAGCAAUGGGUUUUGGCAUGGCAACUCACCUGUUGAAAUCCAACUGUGUUGUUCUUGGCUUUGACGUAUACAAGCCAACCCUUGACAGAUUUGAGAGUGCCGGCGGGUUAGCCGCAAAUUCACCAGCCGAUGCCGCUAAAGAUGUAGAUGUUCUUGUGAUUAUGGUAACAAACGAGGUUCAGGCCGAGGAUGUUCUGUAUGGACAUCGUGGAGCAGUCAAAGCUCUUCCAUCUGGAAGACCUGUUGUACUUGCCUCAACAGUCUCUCCCGCAUUUGUCACCCAACUAGAAAAGCGUCUAGAGAAUGAGGGCAAGGAUAUAAAACUGGUGGAUGCUCCUGUUUCUGGUGGCGUUAAGAAGGCUGCCUCAGGGGACCUUACGAUAAUGGCUUCUGGUACUGAUGAAGCGCUCAAGUCUGCAGGGUCGGUUUUAUCAGCACUAAGUGAGAAGCUCUACGUGAUUAAAGGAGGUUGUGGGGCAGGAAGUGGGAUAAAAAUGGUCAAUCAAUUGCUUGCUGGAGUUCAUAUUGCAUCAGCUGCCGAGGCAAUGGCAUUCGGAGCUCGAUUAGGCCUCAAUACCCGAAAGCUAUUCGAUGCUAUCUCCAACUCUGGGGGAACAUCUUGGAUGUUUGAGAAUCGGGUUCCUCAUAUGCUGGAUAAUGAUUAUACACCAUACUCUGCUGUUGACAUAUUUGUGAAGGAUUUGGGCAUUGUGACCCGAGAAGGCUCAUCCCGUAAAGUUCCACUCUGUGUAUCAACUGUGGCACACCAGCUGUUUUUAGCCGGCUCUGCUGCUGGCUGGGGACGGAUAGACGAUGCUGGAGUUGUUAAGGUAUAUGAAACACUUGCAGGCGUUGAAGUCGAAGGGAAACUUCCUGUUCUGAAGAAACAGGAAGCGUUGCAAUCACUUCCAUCUGAGUGGCCUGUGGAUCCCACAGAUGACAUAAAGAAACUACAAACUAGGAAUUCAAAAACUUUGGUUGUUCUGGAUGAUGAUCCGACCGGAACACAAACUGUUCAUGACGUAGAAGUUUUAACAGAAUGGAGCAUUAAGUCAAUUGUUGAGGAAUUCAAGAAAAAGCCGGCAUGUUUCUUCAUCUUGACAAAUUCCAGGGCACUGAGCUCUGAAAAGGCUAGUGCAUUGAUCAAAGAUAUAUGCCGGAACUUAUCUGCUGCUUCGAAAGAAGUUAGCAACACCGAGUACACAAUUGUCUUGCGAGGUGAUUCAACAUUACGUGGCCAUUUUCCCGAGGAAGCAGAUGCCGCUGUCUCGAUACUGGGAGAAAUGGAUGCAUGGAUUAUUUGCCCCUUUUUCCUUCAAGGAGGACGUUAUACUAUCGACGAUGUACAUUAUGUUGCAGAUUCUGACAGGCUUAUUCCUGGUGGAGAGACAGAGUUUGCUAAAGAUGCAUCCUUUGGAUAUAAAUCCUCAAACCUACGCGAGUGGGUAGAGGAGAAAACAGCAGGCCGCAUUGCCAACAGCGUUGCGUCGAUCUCGAUCCCGCUCUUAAGAAAAGGUGGGCCUGAUGCAGUAUGCGAAUUUCUGUGCAGCUUGAAAAAGGGAUCAACAUGUAUUGUCAACGCAGCUAGUGAAAGAGACAUGGCUGUGUUUUCAGCGGGUAUGAUCCAGGCCGAACUGAAAGGCAAAUCUUUCUUGUGCCGCACUGCUGCUAGCUUUGUAUCGGCCAGAAUAGGGAUCAUUCCAAAAGAUCCCGUCUUGCCAAAAGAUUUCGGGAUUAACGGAGAAAGGAAUGGUGCGUUAAUUGUUGUAGGCUCAUACGUCCCGAAAACAACAAAGCAGGUGGAAGAGCUUCGAUCACGGUGCGGGCAGAAGUUAAGGAGCAUUGAGAUAUCUGUAGAGAAAGUUGCUCUUAUGUCCACGGAAGUGAGAGAUGCGGAAAUCAGUAGAGCGGUGGAGAUGGCCGAUGCUUACCUUCGGGCUGGAAGGGAUACUCUGAUCAUGAGCAGUCGUGAGCUCAUCACCGGGAAAACAUCUUCUGAGAGUCUUAAUAUCAAUAGCAGAGUGAGCUCUGCUCUUGUUGAAGUAGUUAGCCGUAUAAAAACCAGACCUCGUUACAUUCUUGCAAAGGGUGGGAUUACGUCAUCCGACACAGCAACAGAAGCACUGAAAGCAAAGCGGGCACUCGUGGUCGGACAAGCUCUUGCUGGUGUUCCGGUAUGGAAGCUCGGUCCAGAAAGUAGACAUCCCGGGGUCCCUUAUAUCGUUUUCCCGGGUAAUGUCGGUAGCAGCACGGCUCUUGCAGAAGUUGUGAAAUCGUGGUCUCUUGUAGCUGUACGGUCUACGAAGGAGCUUCUUCUUAACGCUGAAAAAGGCGGAUAUGCGGUUGGGGCAUUUAACGUCUAUAACUUGGAGGGAGUAGAAGCAGUUGUUGCAGCUGCAGAGGAAGGAAACAGUCCCGCCAUUUUGCAGAUCCAUCCAAGCGCCUUCAAGAAAGGAGGCAUUCCAUUGAUAUCAUGCUGCAUCUCCGCGGCUGAACAAUCCAGGGUCCCGAUAUCUGUGCACUUUGACCACGGGAAUACGAAGGAGGAGCUAGUUGAAGCUCUCGAGCUCGGCUUUGAUUCGGUGAUGGUAGAUGGUUCUCAUCUUUCCUUCGCAGAGAACGUUUCUUACACGAAAUACAUAACGGCCUUGGCCUGUUCCAAGAAUGUCAUGGUGGAGGCUGAACUCGGCAGGCUCUCGGGAACCGAGGAUGGCUUGACUGUAGAAGAUUACGAAGCAAAGCUCACCAACGUCCAUCAGGCUGAGGAAUUUAUGGAGACCGGAAUAGAUGCUUUGGCGGUAUGUAUAGGGAAUAUCCACGGGAAAUACCCCGAGUCUGGCCCGAACCUCAAGCUUGAUUUGCUCAAGGAACUGCGCGACUUGAGCUCGAAGAAAGGCGUCUUUCUGGUGCUUCACGGAGCCUCGGGUUUGCCUAAGGAGCUUAUCCAGGAAUGCAUAGAGAGAGGUGUGAGGAAGUUCAACGUGAACACCGAAGUGAGGAAGGCUUACACGGAUUCUCUCGGGUCUGCGGGAAAGGCUGACCUCGUCGACAUCAUGUCGGCGGCCAGAGACGCCAUGAAAGCGGUGGUUGCGGACAAGAUGCGUCUCUUUGGUUCGGCCGGAAAAGCAUGACGAAGAUGAAGCUGUGUCCGUACAAGAAGCAUCUGCAACUCAAACGUAACGUAUUAUUAUAUAAACCUUUUUGUAUUUAUUACCGCUCUUUGGAAACCAAUAAGCUCAGCCGUUGUUUGUCCGAUCAAAUGUAAACCGUUGGAUCAUACUGUAAAGUUAGUAAAUGGAUAUCGACCGUCAAUUACCUGAUUGGAUCCUAA